UGGAUCACUGUCUGUAGAUUUACACAACAGGACGUUGACCUAUACCGGGAACUAAACUGAGGGUGUAGUUAUGGUUGUUCCGAUAGUUUUCCAUUCUUCGCAGUUAUCUAAGGAGACUUUUUUUUCCGAAACAUACUUUGAAGCCAUACAACUUUUCUGUAAUCCCAGAAAAACUGCGGGCUGUUUAAAUAAUUUAGUGGAUUGAAUUUAGAUCUGUGACCUCCCGAAGCUGAGAUCUGCACCUGCUUUCAGCGGCGGUGAUGGAGGCGGAGGAGGAGGUGGUGUCGCAGGGAGCAGACCGGGCAGAUGGUGCACCAGGAGGAGCGCAGCCGCUACACUGCACAGCUGCUUGUUGUCAUGGAGGAGCAAAAAUGGCGGUCCUGGCCUAUAGCCCGGGCAAACGCGAAAUAAACCAGUAUUUCACCAUAAAAAACGCCAAACUGAUAUCGCUAGUGGUUGUUAUCGUGCUGCUGGUGUUUCACACGGCGUCGCGGUACCAUGGCGGCGGGGACUCAUGUGAAUGGCUGCUGUCCAGAGGACGUUACUUGGGGGAGAAUGUAUGGCAGCCUUAUGGCUGCAUGAUGCACAAAUACAAAAGCAUUGAAGCCAAAACCUGCCUUGCGGAAAAGCGGGUGGCCUUUGUGGGUGAUUCAAGAAUCAGGCAGCUAUUUUAUUCCUUUGUCAAAAUUAUCGAACCUGAGCGAAGAGAAGAUGGAAACAAGCAUGAGGACAUUUCCUUUGAAGAGAAGAGUUCCUCUGUUAAUGUGGAUUUUAUGUGGCACCCAGAGGCGAAUAAUUCAAUGAAGGAGCGCUUGAUAUCAUGGACACACGAAACCUCAGCAAAACCAGAUGUUGUCAUCCUUGGAGCUGCCACGUGGUCCAUCAAGUUGCACAGUGGCAGCAGCGAGACCCUGCAGCAGUACAAAGUCAAUCUGACAGCCAUCGCUACGUAUCUGGAGAGGCUGGCUGAACAUGGAGAGGUCUACUGGGUCCUGCAAGAUCCAGUAAAUGAGAAGGUAUUAAGUGAGAACAGGAAGAUGAUCACCAACCAACAGCUGGAGCUGUAUAAUGACGCAGCAGUGGAUGUGCUCAACAGCAGCAAGCGUAAUGGCAAAUCCAGGGUCAAGCUGUUGGCUGCGUCUCGCCAGGCUGCACUGGAAACUAUCACCAUGUCAGACGACGGCUUGCACCUGCCUGAGAGCACCAGGAACGUGGGAGCCAUGGUCCUCAUGAACUCCGUGUGCAACAAGCUGCUGAGACCCAUUGACGGUUCCUGCUGCCAGACAUUACCACCUCCGAACAUCUUCCAGAAACUGUCAGCCUGUUUCUUCCUGGGCUCUGCCGUGGUCUUCCUGGCCCUCCACGUCCUCGGCAACAACCACCACCGCCGGCCUGUGCCCCCAGACGUGGAGAGCCUGGAGGAGAAGAAGCCAGUGACUGCAGCGGUUCCUCUCGGUCCAAAGGCACCUUUCCAGGCCCUGUGCAAAAUGGGCAUCAUAAUGGGUUAUUUCUACCUUUGUGACAGAGCAGAUGUGUUCAUGAAAGAGCAGAAGUUCUACACACACUCCACGUUCUUCAUCCCUCUCAUCUAUAUAUUUGUGCUGGGGGUGUUUUACAACGAGAGCAGCAAGGAGACCAAACUACUCAACCGAGAACAAACAGAUGAGUGGAAAGGCUGGAUGCAGCUUGUCAUCCUCAUCUACCACAUAUCUGGAGCCAGUGCUUUCAUUCCAGUGUACAUGCACGUGCGUGUGCUGGUGGCAGCGUACUUAUUUCAAACUGGUUAUGGUCACUUUUCCUUUUUCUGGCUAAAAGGAGACUUUGGACUUUAUAGAGUGUGUCAGGUGCUUUUCCGUCUGAACUUCCUGGUGUUGGUGCUGUGUGUGGUCAUGGACAGACCAUACCAGUUCUAUUACUUUGUCCCGUUAGUCACCUUCUGGUUUGUCAUUAUUUACGCCACACUGGCCAUGUGGCCUCAGAUCCUGCAGAAGAAAGCCAACAAUAGUGGCAUGUGGCAUCUUGGAGUCUUGGCAAAGUUACUUGGCCUCCUGGUGUUUAUCUGCUGCUUUGCCUUUUCACAGGGUUUUUUUGAGAGUAUCUUCUCUGUGUGGCCCAUCUCCAAGCUCUUUGAGCUCAACGGAAGCAUCCACGAGUGGUGGUUCAGAUGGAAGCUGGACAGAUUUGCGGUGAUACACGGUAUGUUAUUUGCCUUCAUCUAUCUGGUGCUGCAGAAGCGUCAGGUGCUGUCGGAGGGCAAAGGAGAAGCUCUCUUCUCUGCCAAGAUCUCCAACAUGCUCCUCUUCCUCUCUGUCGUCUCCUUCAUAACUUACUCAAUAUGGGCAAGCAGCUGCAAAACCAAAACAGAGUGCAAUGAGAUGCAUCCUUACAUCUCUGUGGUCCAGAUUUUGGCCUUCAUACUGAUCAGGAACAUUCCUGGCUACGCCCGCUCUAUUUAUAGCUCAUUCUUUGCGUGGUUUGGAAAGAUCUCCUUGGAGCUGUUCAUAUGCCAGUACCACAUCUGGCUUGCGGCAGACACCAAGGGAAUUUUGGUCCUAAUCCCAGGCAACCCUUCACUCAACAUCAUGGUCAGCACCUUCAUCUUCGUCUGUGUGGCUCAUGAGGUUUCCCUCAUCACAAAUUACCUGGCCCAGGUGGUCAUCCCCAAAGACACCGUGGCCCUGCUGAAGAGACUGGGCGCCAUGGGACUCUUCAGUCUGGUUGUAUUGCUGCUGACCAGGGGGAACCAGCCCACACCAGGUGCCUGAUGGACACCUGAUGAUGGCAGGGGAGAGGACAGAAGAGACUCCCCAAGCCCCUGCUGACAUUGAAAUGAGGUACAGAGCAAGCUGCAAGUGAGUUCAUGAGGACCAUGGCUCCCUGGCUUUUUUAAUCUACUGGUGGCCACAACCCCAGUAGUGACCUGUGGAGAACAGUAUCUGACUUCUGGCCACGUUUGAGCAGAUUCUGCACUUUGGGACUGCUGUAAAAGUCACACACUGAAGAACAACACCCAUAAAAGGAGGGAAUUGCUCUUUUCAAAGAGCAAAGUGCACACUGCAGAAGAGAAAAAAAAACAACAAAAAAGAACAAAAACAUACUGAAACGUUUACAUUAUGUGGUUUUUUGGAUUUGCCGCCGUGUGAAAUUUUUGGCAGCGUUGCUUCUAUUUAGCCAAACACACUAAUAAGAAGUUUACUUUGCCACAUACAGUACUUUCUGUUAUGACGUCACUCUGCGAGGGAUCGCGAGGCAAACACUCCGUCCACAUGGCAGUAGCAGUUGAAGGUGAUUUCACUCAGGUGGAUCCAUAACCUACAUAUUCAGAUAUCUAUUCUUCGAUGACAAAUAUGUUAACUUGUGCUGCAUUUCAUUAUCAACAUUAAGUUGUUCAGUAUUUCUGUAGUGUUAGAUAUCUAAAUAUGCAAAAUGUGGACCAACAAAUGGCUUGGGUGAUCAGAAACUGUCGAGGCUAAAGUAAAAUUUGGAGUGCAAUUGUUAAAAUGUUGGAAUAUCCUUUGACAUAUUUUUGCAAAUGUUUUUGUGUGUAAUUUUGGAAAUGUUUGACUUGCAGAAAGGCUCUGUGGUCACCUGCUGUAGCUCUGAAAUUCUAUGUGAUAUGUACAGUAUUUAAUGAUUUAAAUUAAGCUUAUAUUUUAUAAAUUUUUUUGGCUUUAUUUUGUACGUUUGUGCCCAUGACUGCUGUUUGUGAAGGAAGUAUUGCAUAGAUAAUUUUGUACCCAUCUCAGAAUCUCACAGAUGAUAACCUGUUGAUGAGGUUGAGUCUUUUACAGGAGCAGCUCAAUUCCUAGUCUGUGUACAUUUGUAUGAUAGAGUGAGAGAUUUAUUUUAUACAGCGAUUCUUCAACAGCGAGUUUAAUCCUUUAUCCUUUCAUUGCCGUUAGAACAUGCCUCAUAGCCCUGGUGGAAAACACACCAAGGUGCAAACAGUGAACUACAACAGGACUGACAGCUACAUGUACAUCAUCCGUUGCUGUCACAGCCAGUGAACUUUUGUUAGUGAAUGAGUGAAGCGAGUUCUUAAGAGUGAAUGCCUUUCAAUAUGCAGCUUUUUUUUUUUUCCAGUGGCUUAUAUGUACCGUACAUCUUCAGAUGUACCGAGUCACAUUUGUGAUGUAGCUGGGAUCACAAUCUUCCAUCUUUCGGCACUUUGCAUCAGGGCCACAUCAACAUUCAAACCACUUGGUAAUGCACUAACUGAGCUGAGAAGACACAUUACUGUUGCUUAAAUGGAAAAUAUUGUGUAUUUUGUCCGUUGACAAAUAGGCAUCAUCUGUUUGCCUAUUUAUCUUCGUAGACAUUUUGGGAGAGAGCACUUUUCUUUUGAGACCUACAAUUUUUUUGUCCGUUUUCAUUUUUGAGGUGAAAUACAGUGUUUAAUAUGAGCUUAACAUGGCACCAGUGCAGAUACCUUACGCACUUUGACACAUUUUUAUUGGGUGAAAUUAAAUGUUUUGUCAAGAUCGUCUGACAAAGAUUUAAGCUGUAUUGCAUAGUAAUGUUGAGUUGUAUACAUCUGCCAUUUGGUUAGUAAAAGCUUGCAGUGUCAAUCAUCCACUAUUCAUUCAUGUAGCUUCUCUUUAAAAGGAAACGUGGGUCCACUUUUCUUUUUUAUUUACAGUAGAAACAUUUGUCUACAGCUUUGGAUGCUUCUCAUGUCAUUUAUGUGAUGAUGUAGUUUGGGUUUUGUUCUCCAACUGUAAGAGCCAAGCAGAUUUGCAAUUUCUACUAACAGACAGCACCUCAUUGUACAGAUGGCAUUUUCAUGUUGCCAUGUCCUUUGAUGUGUAAAGUUUACUAUCUGUUCUCUCAUCUAUUACUGAUCAACAGCGAUACAGUACAUUUGGUAAUUGUUUCAGGCCUUAAUUGAUCUCUUUGGUCGUGGAAGAGCAACAACUAUUUAUACCUGUGCAGGGCCUCUUGGAAAUAUGUUCCAUGUAAUUUUUUGUGAUGUCUUAAAAAUGUGAAAUGUAUCCAUAUUAUUUAUAAAUGCCUUUAUUCUGUUGUACAUUGUUAAUAAUACCUUCAUAAAAUGUG